AUGUUAUGGGUACGAUUAAUAGUAAAUUUUUUCCAUUCUUGUUACUUCGAUUCAGAACACAAUUAUUUGUUUGUGCAGUGUGUGUUCAAGUUUGAUUUUCAAUAUUCAGUUCAGGUCAUAAGGACGUCCAUACAGAAGCAUCUUUUUGUUGGAUAUCAUUUCAUAAUGGCUCAAAGCACUUUAUUUGUUCUGCCUCCUUCCCCAAGAAGUAUCUUGGCUAAAGCUUUGGCUAAGUACUUCAAGGUAGACGUCAACGUUGUUGAUGUUACUGCUGCUGAAAAUAAGGAAUUCACCAGCAACUUCCCAUUGCAUAAGACACCAGCUUUCAUUGGCGAAGACGGUUUCAAGUUGCACGAAUUAAUUGCUAUUGCUUAUUACAUCGUCAACACCUCCGAAGAUGAAGAAUUGAAGGCUUCUCUAUUGGGUAAGAACGCUAGAGAAGAAGCUGAAAUCUUGAAAUGGGUUUCUCUAUCCAACAGCGACAUGCCAAAUGCCGUGAUGGGCGCUCUCUUGCCAAUCGUUGGUAGGGUUCCAUACAACAAGAAAUCCGUUGACACCAGCUUGGCACAAUUGAAUGCUAUCGGUUCCGUAUUCGAAGCCAGAUUGAAGAACUACACUUACUUGGCUGGCGAGAGAAUCACUUUGGCUGAUUUGUUCGGUGCUGCUAUUUUGUCUAAAGCUUUGUCCACUUUGUUGGAUGCUAAGUGGAGAGCUGCCAACCCUGCCACUGUCAGAUGGUUCAAGACCGUUGUCGCUUCCCCAAUCAUCUCUGAAGCUUUCGGUAAGACCGAAUUCGCUGAAGAAGCUUUGAAAUACACUCCUCCAAAGAAGGAAAAGAAGGAACAACCAAAGAAGGAACAACCAAAGAAGAAGGAAGAAGCUGCUGCCGCUCCAGCUCCAGCUGCUGAAGCCGAACAACCAAAGAAGCCAAAGCAUCCAUUGGAACUUUUGGGUAAGGCCACCUUCAACUUGGAAGAAUGGAAGAGAACUUACUCUAACGAAGACACAAGACCAGUUGCCUUACCAUGGUUCUGGGAACACUUCAACCCUGAAGAAUACUCCAUCUGGAAGGUUGGUUACAAAUACAACGAUGAAUUAACCUUGACUUUCAUGUCCAACAACUUAGUUGGUGGUUUCUUCAACAGAUUGUCCGCCUCUGUUAAAUACAUGUUCGGUUGUCUAGUCGUUUAUGGUGAAAACAACAACAACGGUAUUGUCGGUGCCAUCGUUGUCCGUGGUCAAGACUUUGCCCCAGCCUUCGAUGUGGCUCCAGAUUGGGAAUCCUACGAAUACUCCAAGUUGGACCCAACAAAGGAAGAAGACAAGGAAUUCAUCAACAACAUGUGGGCUUGGGAUAAGCCAGUUGUUGUUAACGGUGAAAACAAGGAAAUUGUCGAUGGUAAGGUCUUGAAAUAA